AUGAAGCUGAUGAAGGAGAUCAACGUGGUAAUAACAACAUUCUUAAUCGUUGGAUUUAAUGCUGUAGCAUCUCAAAGUUUUUGUCGAACACCCGGCUACAAGAUGGGACGAUGUGUGUCAAUUUACAAUUGUGAUUAUCUUUUGAAAAUUCUUGCUUCAAAAUCGCUUACUCAACAGUCAAUAUCAUUUCUCAAGAUGUCACAAUGUGAUGGCGGAAGCAGUCAAAGCGUUCCACAUGUUUGUUGCGCAAGAAAUGAUGACUCGCUUAUAUUCGGACAUCAGCCAGACGAAGGAAUCCAAGAAAAGUUCUUUAAAGCACCGUCAGCAUCUAACAAUCGUGCAUCGGUCGACAAUGAAGAUGACUCAAUCAUUUAUAAAAGUUCCAACAGUCUGUUACCGAAGACAAAUGAGUGUGGACGGGAGAAAAUUGAGAACCGAAUCUAUUCUGGACAAAAUACAGACAAAGAAGAAUUUCCAUGGUUGGCCCUUCUGGAAUAUCGCAAAGCUGCUGGUGAACUAUCAAUUAAUUGUGCAGGGAGUUUAAUCAGCCAUAGAUAUGUUCUAACAGCUGCCCAUUGUCUGACCGGCGACAUCAUCCAUCGAAUUGGAAAUCUUGUGAAUGUAAGACUCGGUGACUAUGACUUAAGCUUGAGUAGAAGUUGUCCUGGAAGACAUUGUGGUAAUCCCAUGAGAGUCAAUGAAAUUGAAGAGAUUAUUCCACAUGAAAGUUUCAGUUCACGCGUCAUAAACCGAAGACAUGAUAUUGGACUUGUACGACUUAAGCAACCUGUGAAAUUUUCAAGUCUUGUUCGUCCAGUGUGUCUACCAAUGCCUUCAAGUCCCAGUUUAAAAAAUGGAGAAUCAGUUUACAUAACUGGCUUUGGUCGAACUUUACACUCAAAGAUGAGCACAAUCAAACAAAAACUUAGAAUUCCAAUGUACGAUCAUCGACAAUGUGUACGGAAAUUUGCUACAAAAAAUGUUGACAUAACAAAAGAUCAAAUUUGUGCGGGUGGUGAAUUCUCACGUGAUGCUUGCGAUGGAGACUCAGGUGGGCCACUCAUGCGGUUUAGAGACAAUUGGAUAGUCGAGGGAAUUGUUUCAUUCGGCUACUUAUGUGGUCUUGAUGAUUGGCCAGCAAUUUACACAAAAGUAUCAUCGUACACUGAAUGGAUAGAAAGACAUAUUAAACCAUGA